GCAGUGUGGCAGCCGGCCAUAUAGCAGAAAUACUGAAAUAUUUGCCGCGUGUAUUCUUGGCUCGGCUCGCAGCGAGUCGCACUCUAUACGAUCUCGCAUAUUUUUGCUCGCGCGCUACGUUCCACGAGCCUAUCCCCCGACUCCCAACUCUAUAUCGUAUACAAGGUGUAUAUACCUAUUGACACAUACUAUAGCUUAUAUACAGACUGUAUUUAUAUGUACAGUCUUGUGUCUGCCUAGGUAUAUUUACAUAUUUACAUGUGUGCGUGCUGUUCAGUGCUCUCGCAGCGGUACACACAGUCGCUGCCGCUGCUCCUCGAGAGAGUCGCGCGCGGACCACUUUUAUUACUUCACUCGGCCGUAGAUCGCAGUCGUCGUCUUUCGUAAUACGUAUCUCUCGCUCUCUCUCUCUCGCUCCUCGCGAACUUUGGUGUACGUAAAUUACGUAUGUGUGCGAGUGCCCGUGAGACUCGCUCUCUAGACUACACUGCUCCAUAAAGUGUAAAACGCCUCCACUUUGUUUGUGCGCCGAGGCAAGUGCUAUAUAUAUAUUGCGCUGCUGCUAUAUUGCAAUUCCCUGCCUCUCUGUAUGAAAUAUAAAUAUAUACAAGAAUCUCUCAAGAGUGCAUAUAGUGCGUCUCUCUGUGUCUGUGUGUCUGUGUGUUCGUGUUUGUGUGUUGUGUUGUGCUGGACCAAGAUAAUCGACGCUUCGCAGCUAUUUGUGCUUGGCAAAUACAAUCGAAAUAAUCGUAAUUUUUCAUAAGCCAGUGAAAAUCUCUUGCGUAAAUCAGUCGUGCAGUGAUUUCCUCUACUCUCGCUCUCAUAACCAUAUAAGCGAUACAACAGAGGAUAGUGUUUCUGUGCCUGUGCAUAUUAUACUCGUGUCUGUGUGUGUGUGUGUGUGUGUGUUGUGGUGUGUUUCUGUCAGCGUUGCAGUAUCAACUUUUCGGCCAGCACCUUUUGCCUAUAGGCACCUGUCCCGCUCGACAUACCUGCAGUUUAUUAUUUUUUGCCUGUCCACUGUGCAAAGGGCCUCUUAAAUAUUUUGCAUUACACGGAAACUGCUGCAGGAUUCAUAGGUGUCACGGAUACUUUGCUGGAUCGGGUGUCACUUUGGAGUUCAUGAGCAAUACAAGCUGAAAAAAGUAUCCAUAACAAAGCUUCGGUUCAGCAGCUUCGACCAUUGAAAGCAAUUUUUACUAUCAAAGCGGAUCAAAGGGGGGCUUUUGUAGGGCGUCAAGGACGAAAAGCAAGGCAACCCUCGUCGCAACGCAAACGAUGCCAGUGACUUUCGACGCUCAAAGGCUAUCGACGAAUUCCUCAGCGCGACGUCAGCUGGUGCAUCGGCGACGUCCGGAUCACUCGCGUUUGUUGACCAGUGAGGCCUGAGGCCGGAGCUAUGCCCUGCGCCCCCGACCCCGCGACGAAUUUGACGCUACAGGUCGAGCAUCAGCAGCUGAGCAGCGGCAUCGGGAACUCGGGGAACGGCUUUGGCGACCACCGGCCUCGCUUCGACUCGUCGCCACACGCGCAGCAUCAGCAUCAUCGUCGGCAGCAGCAACGAUUGACGGACUGCGGCAACGACGACCCGCGAGCCGAGCUAUCGGCCCGCGCCGUCGAUUACCUGCUAAACUGUCACCAGGAGCUGCUGAUCGCCGAGCUGCGCCAGGAGCUGGAGGCCGAGGAGGAGGAGGAGGAGGCCGGCAGCAUGGCAGCUACGGCCAAGCACGAGCGUGCCUCUAAUCUGACCAAGACGCCGCAGUCGCAGCCGCCUCCGCCGACCAAGAGCAAGCCCAAGCUGUUGUUGUCGUCGUCGUCGUCGUCGUCGUCUACGUCGAGCAACAAUACGGCAGCGGCGAAGCAGCAAGCCAACAACGGCUCGACGUCCGGCGACGAGGACAUCGCGGCCAUAGCCAAGCAGAUCAGCGAUCACGCCGAGGCCAUCUAUCAGACGUGGAAGAGCCGAGGACUCGCGCCCACCGAGAUUCUCAACUGUCACACGAGCGGCAGCGCCGCCGACAAGUUUGGCACGGUGCUCAAGCCGGCUCAUCGAGCUGCUGCCAGCGACUCGCCGAUCGUCGCCAAUAAAACCAUGGCCAACAACGCUUUUGUCAACACUCCCAAGAAGCUUCCGACCAGUCCGGUCGACAUACUCGCCCAAGAGAACAACAAUCUCGAGAAGCUCGUCAACAAUUUCGUCGUCGAGGACAAGGCGAGGAUAGCCGCGGCGAGGCAGCGAUCGCCCUCCAAGAAUCUGCCCUCCUCCAUACAGUUUGCCCUGCAAAAGUUUGAGCAGAACGCCCAGCAGCAGCAGCAGCAGACCCCGCUGACCUCGCCCAAGACGCCCACGCAGUCGCUCAAGUCGACGACGGCCAACAGCUUCGCGCUCAACAGGCCCUCGCAGAUCGUCAAGCCGUCCCUGCAGGGCCUCAAGUCGCCUCAAGCCUCCCACCACAAUGACGUCUUUCUCGAGAGCAUCGACGCCGCCAGCCCCUUCGUCCCCAAGCUCGCCAAUCGACAAGUAGCCGCCUCGUCGCCCUUGCAGAAUCUCGAAUCGAGUCCCGUUAUCGGCGGCUCUUGGCCGCUCAAGAACAAAAUCGUCAACGACUCGAGGAAGCAGCCGGUGGCGACGCCGAUAACGACGACGAACCCGACGACCACGCCUACGACGACGGCCACAGCGGCGGUGGUGACGGCGACACUGGACUCGCCGAAAUCCAACGCGGUGGCCAAUUUGAUGGACCAAGUGGCGCGCGAGGAGGAAAAGCUCAUCAACGCCUUGAAGACCGGAGCCGUCAUCAGCGAGGACCCGUCGACCGUGCCGAUAAUAACGCCAACGACCACGCUGCCCAAACAGAAGCCCGUUAUUUUGCGCGAAACCAAGCCCAAGGUCGAGCCGGUCAAACCGAUUCUCCUGUCGCCGAGUCAGGUGAGCGCCCUCAACUCCGUGGCUCUGGUCAACAACGUCGCCCAUCAGAUCGCCUCCUCGCCGACCUCCAAUGGCGUCAAGCAGCUCAGCAAGGACGAGCUCUCCUCCAUGUCCGUCGUCGAUUUCGCCAAGGUGCGCUACCAAACGGCUCAGCAGAACUCGCUGAAGCAACCUCAGCUGCGUGGCAGCAACAGUAGCACCACCACCACCAGCGAGGAACCAAAGAGUCAGACGUCGUCGUCGACGAGUGCCUUGUUCGCCGCCAACGAAGAGCAGCCCAUCGUGUCGACGACCAGAUCCAAGUUCGAAGCCGCAGAUCUCGUCAAAGACAUGAACGACAAAGACAGGCUCGACAAAACCAACAACGUUUUUAAGGACGCCGACAAAGAUGAGGAAAAGAAGGAGGAGGCCAAAGACGAUAAGGACUUCAUUGCGUCGAGGUGGGGCUUGCGGCUGAAUUCGCCGCGACCGAGGCCGGUCGAACAAGUGCCACAUCCGGAACUGACGACCCAACAAAAACAACACAUUCGUGCGGCCGCCGCUACCAACACCGGCAACAAUCCCGUGAGGCCGUUCCUCACGCGAGGCUCCGUGGCUGAACGCGUCCUCAUUUUCGAAAAGUGUCCCAGUGAACUUAUGCUGGACAAGCGAGGAUCGCGUCCUUCGAUCGGUUCCUGGCGUAGCACUCAAGAUGCUCAAAACAAAGCACAGCGUUCAAAAGAUCUCAAGCCACCUAAAUAUCAACGAAAAGCCCAAAAAGUUACAAAUAUCUUAGAUAACUCGACAUUGAUAGACAUAACUUUCUUCCACCCAUGCCGCAGCAAUGCUUACGACUAUAAUGACACUUUUCAGGAAUCUUACAAUCACGAGAAUGGCAAGCCAGCGAAAAGCCUACCAGCGCACACGACGCUCCAGCGACACGUCAAAGCCAACAGAAACGUCCACAUACCGAGAUUCUACUUCCCGGGAGGCAAACCGACCUCGGUGUCCCAGCUCGAGGCGACUCUUGCUCGUAUCACAGCAGCUUUUCAAAGUCUUCCGGGUCAUCGAGCCUCGCGCGCCCAGUUUCACACUAUUACCAAGGCUUGCGAUCUACCUUUGUACUGGAAGAUACCUCUUUUCCUAGCUUCUGGCGGAGACACCAAUGGAAUCAUUGAAAUGAACGAAUUUCUCGAUUUCUGGAAAGAAUUGACAAAUACGAAUCACGACGCAGCCAGCAAAUUUGUGCGCAUCGUCACGAGAGGUCAGAGACCUCACAUUUUACCGGCUGACUUGAUACCUUUGAUUCAGGACGUUGUUGAAUCGCAUCCGGGAUUGACUUUCCUCAAAGAAGCAACCGAGUUUCAUUCACGUUACGUGCAUACGGUAAUCGCUAGAAUAUUUUAUUGCGUGAAUAGAAGUUGGAGUGACAAAAUCAGCGUUGCCGAGUUACGUCGAAGUAAUUUACUAUCGAUAAUAGCUGUUUUGGAACACGAGGAAGAUAUCAACCAAGUUACUGCUUACUUUAGUUACGAGCAUUUCUACGUGAUUUAUUGUAAAUUUUGGGAGCUUGAUCGUGACCAUGAUCUUUUCAUUGACAAAAUGGAUCUCACAAGGCACAACGAUCAUGCUUUAUCAACGCGUAUGAUUGAACGGAUAUUUAGCGGAGCAGUAACAAGGGGCGUUAAAAGCGCUAAUGGUGUCCAGCAUCCCGAGGACAAAAUGAGCUAUACCGAAUUCGUUUGGUUUUUGUUAAGUGAAGAGGAUAAAAAUCAUCCAACUGCAAUAGAAUAUUGGUUUAGGUGCAUGGAUUUAGAUGGAGAUGGUUUACUUUCUAUGUAUGAAUUGGAGUAUUUCUACGAAGAGCAGUUACAUAGGAUGGAAGCUAUCGGAAUAGAAACGUUGCCCUUUGAAGACUGCCUAUGUCAGAUGCUGGAUAUGAUCAAGCCCAAAUCGCCUGGCAAAAUAUCACUGAGUGACUUAAAAAGGUGUAAAAUGACAUCAAUAUUUUUUGAUACUUUCUUUAAUCUCGAAAAAUAUCUUGAUCACGAGCAAAGAGAUCCAUUUGCAUCAGCUAGGGACCAUGAUGCGGAAGGUCACGAGCUAUCCGAUUGGGAUCGCUUUGCGGCAGAAGAGUACGAACUUUUGGUAGCGGAAGAAAGUGGGAAUGACCAAAAUGAUCGAACGGUUUAUGAGUCCGCAGUUGGAGAUGUUUACUCGCCAAACUUAGACGUUUUAGUUGGUGAAUCGGUCGAUGAUAAUCAACUCAAUAUGAUUUACUCACAUAAUGACUACAAUCACGAGGGCCACAAUUGCGCCAAACACCAACAACAGCUGGGCUCAAGUAUAAAAGGUGGUCAUUGCCUCAAUAACGGUAGUAAUACUAAAAAUAAUAACUGCAGCAGUACCAGUAGUAGUACUAGCAGCAGUACCAGUAGCAACAACUCGCACUGCGAUAGUUGUGAUAGCGAUGAUUACGCCGAUAGUGACAACUGAAUUUACGUCAAAAUUUCUUUAUAAUAUAGCGUUUUGAGUUUAAUUGAAUUUUAUCUCGUACGACUAGACCAAAUAUAUCAAAUUUCCCAAGUUUACACGUAAACUAGCGGAUGCUUGAGCUCUCGUGUAAAUAGCAAAUGCAAUUUUUAAUAACUUAGUAGUAACAAGUAUUUGCAGUCAUCCCUUACAUUUUUUACGAUUGUUAACAAUUAAACGAAACCGAAAUAAAGAAAAGCGUCAAUUUA